GGUGUUUAGAUGCGGAUGUACACCAGUCUGGGAGGCUAAAGUGGAGCCCGGGAUGGGUGGAGUUCUGAGUUCUGCAGGAUCCCGGUCAGGCUGGGAGUAAGGACCAUGCUUCUGCUUCCAUUACUCCCUGUCCUUCUGUGUGUGGUGAGUGUGUCCUCAUCAGGGUCACAAACCUGUGAGGACACCCUGAAGACUUGCUCUGUGAUAGCCUGUGGCAGAGAUGGGAGAGAUGGACCCAAAGGGGAGAAGGGAGAACCAGGUCAAGGGCUCAGGGGCUUGCAGGGCCCUCCAGGGAAAUUGGGGCCUCCAGGAAGUGUUGGAAGCCCUGGAAGUCCAGGACCAAAAGGCCAAAAGGGGGACCAUGGAGACAAUAGAGCCAUUGAGGAGAAGCUGGCAAAUAUGGAGGCAGAGAUAAGGAUCCUGAAAUCAAAACUGCAGCUAACCAACAAGUUGCAUGCCUUCUCAAUGGGCAAAAAGUCUGGGAAGAAGUUGUUUGUGACCAACCAUGAGAAGAUGCCCUUUUCCAAAGUGAAGUCUCUGUGCACAGAGCUCCAAGGCACUGUGGCUAUCCCCAGGAAUGCUGAAGAGAACAAGGCCAUUCAAGAAGUGGCCACAGGCAUUGCCUUCCUAGGCAUCACGGACGAGGCGACUGAAGGGCAGUUCAUGUACGUGACAGGGGGGAGGCUCACCUACAGCAACUGGAAAAAGGAUGAGCCAAAUAACCAUGGCUCUGGGGAAGACUGUGUCAUUAUAUUAGAUAAUGGUUUGUGGAAUGACAUUUCCUGUCAAGCUUCCUUCAAGGCUGUCUGCGAGUUCCCAGCCUGAGGAAACGAGUGCCUCCAUAUUCUCCUUGCCUCCUCUCUGGACUCUCACUUGCUUCCAAAGAAAAUUCAGUACUUGUUUCUCAAGCCGAGCAUUACGUGAUUCUUUUGAGGGGAGAGGAUAUAUUUGGUUGUGGCAUGAGGACAUGAAUGGAAGCUGACCAUGAGGCACCAGGGUCUGGUUGAGCACAGAGCAAAGGUCACACCCGUUUUGCUAGGAAUACAGCAAGGAAUCGUCAAUAGAGAACCUACAAUAAAUAGCCAGCCACCCCGCCUUUUCACCAAAGGAUCAAAGGCUGGCCAUACCUGUGCCCGAGUGGUAGCUGAUCUCAGCCAUAAAAGCAUCCAAUUUCCUUUCUCCGUGAAUUGUCACUAAGAGGUACCAAACUUGCCUGUUUGAAGCCAUCCUCUGUUUAUACGGCGUUCUUGCCUAUUGUGUGUUUCUUUACAUGUAUCUAUGUUUGGUGGAGAAUGGAAGAGAGCUAACACUUCUGGAUACUUACUAUACCCCAGGCAUAGGCUAUCUAGAUCCUCUCUGUGACUGAGCUGUUGCUUUUAGGCUCCACAUAAUGCCCCAGGAGCCCUCUGUCUACCUGACUGUAAAGAAGGACAGCAACCUUUGUGAGUAAACACACUCAGUCCUAAGAACUCCCUGCCAAGGAACGGUGUCCCCCCUUUACUCACUCUGUACCCUAAGAAUGAAAUGCUGCCUUUUCGUCCUUCAUUGAUAUGUGAGAUUGAUGUGAUAUUGUGUUCUCACAACAUAGAAAUAUGCAGAUGGUCAUUCAGGGGGUGUCCAUCUCACAAUGUUAGUCCCCACUAUCCAGCGUCUCUUCCUUUUACUGAUCAUCUUAUAUGGAUCACUGAGCCCAUUAUCAGUUCAUAGAGAGGAAAGUCCUGUAGGUAGCUUUUCUCAUAAGUAGUUAAAUGAUGCUACCUCAGCGGCCAGGACUGGACUUCCCUCCUUCACAGUUCUGGUUCUUUCUUGGUCCAAGGUUUCGAUCUAUUGUGGCCAUGACGUUUUUGUUUUCCACUUAUCCGAGGGUAAGUUGAGCUGAGAUUCAAUAGCACAAUGAGUCAAGCCGGAAGAAGGUGAAUUCUGGCCCCAGCUGCUUGCUGUUCACAAGUGAGAUUGGAAAACAUCUUAUGAAUGAGCUAACAGCUAACAGCUAAAGCUCCUCACUGAGGAGGCUUUGUUCACUUCCAUUUGUCUUUUACUUCUCCCAAACUGCCAGGGAAAGCACUCUGGAGUCAUUUGAUGGCCGAUGGAUAUUUGUUCAAUGGAUACAGCAAACAUUUACAAAUGGAUGGAUAAGUUGACUACUAGGCAGUCAAGGUCAGUCUGUGUGCUGCUUCCACAAAACUUUCCCAGCCGGUGUGACAAGUAGAGUCCCAGCCGGUGUGACAAGUAGAGUGGGACCUUCAGAAGGCACCAGGGCCAGCAGAGUGCAGGUGGCAGGACCAUGUGCCUUGGUUUCUAGCACACCUGUAUUGUCACAUUACUGAACGUUCUUCAGAUAACACACACUUGUGAUAUAGAACAGAAUUAUUCACUGGUUCAUUUUGAAUCCAGAUGUUUAAAUACAGGCACUGGGGAUGGCUUAAGAUACAGAGUACGUCUACAGGAUAAAUUAGAAUUAUAAAUGUAGAUUAUCCAAGAAAUGGGGACUUGGGUUUAAAUUAUGUCUGUGAGUGAGUUUCCUUUGGUAGAAAUGCAAGACACAGCUAUUGGGGGGGGGGGUCAUAGUUUGUUUCAUGUGAAAAAUUUUUAAAAACUGAUAUUCAAAGACCGAGAGACUCAUGAUCCAAGUUCCAGCCUGAAUUCUGUAUCCUAUGACUGAAGGGCCUGCUCAUCAGGACAGUCUUUCUCUGGACUCAGACACCUCUGCUGUUGAUAUUGCCAGCUGUGUUCCAGCCAGAGGUAGGAACAAAGGUUUCUAGUCAAAGGCUUGUCACUUAUACUAGAUAAAUAACAUCCUUCCUGGGACCAGGCAGCCUCCUUUCUCUGUGGCUGUCAGAGGUCAACCAGCUCAAAGGGCCAGGCCAUAGUCUUGACCUUUGGGCAUGGUUUCACUGUAGAGCCUUUGCCCUAAGACUGUUUGCUUGCUGUUAUGUAACAGAUCUGUACUUUGGUAAUUGUCAGGAAUUUGGGGUUUUUCCACAUACGAAUUAGCCAGGAAAGGAUCAGUUGUCAUCUGAGGCCCAGGCUAGAGAUGCCAGGAAGUUGGUUUUAAAAAGCCAUGUUACUGUGGUAACCCUAAGUGGCUGAUGAGUUACUGAAGAGAGAGAGAGAGAGAGAGAGAGAGAGAGAGAGAGAGAGAGAGAGAGAGAGGUGUUCCUGACAAGAGACAAGCUGGGAAGCAGUGACCUGUGUACCAAGUACGAACCAGUCUGCUCUUAGCUGAUACAACUACCACAUUCAAAAGCGAUAGAAUUCAGUUAGGCAUCUACUAAGGAAACACAAGCCUUAAGCUAGGUUAGCCUCUGGCAGCAUGUGAUCUAGCUUGUGUUGUCCUGGCAGUCCAUGUGUAUUCUAUGUAGCCCUUUAGAGCAGUGGCUGGCAGAAUUGACUAGAAUCAUGACAUUGUCUAAAAUCUCUGGUCCUGUUAAAUUUUUCUUAAAAGCUCCCACCAUUGUGAGGUUCUCAGGUGAUCAAGUUGUUUGGCAAGGUGUCUGGAAAUCACCAUCCCAAGAAAUAAGUCACCCUGGUGACUUGUGUACAUCUUUUACCCAUGCCAGAAGGCAGACUUUCUUCAUUUUCUGGAGGCCUCCCAUGAUUAAAGGGGUUCUGCUUUAUUUAUAGUGUCUGUCCAUUAACACUCUCUUCCAACUACCCCCUACAUAUAACCUGUUGCUAUCCAAACCCAUCAGUACACAUCCUAAGGUCUUAAAAUCUCCCAUGACUUUAGAGAAUAACAGAGCUAGGACUGAAAGGCCCUGAGGAGUUGUCAGAGUAUGAGAGGUGCUGAGUUCAUGAAGUCUCAUGAAGGCACUUGUGUGACCAGGACUCGUACUGUUGUACAUAUUUUUGAGCACAUACAUGUGUCUGUAUGGCAAUCAACAGACCCAAAGCCUAAAGCUCCCCGCACGUCGUUGCCAGCAACUCAUCCCAGCCUUCUUCCAUCUGUGCCCAGGUCUCUUCUUCUCUGGUGAAUAUUCCAGAGGCUCUAGUCGAAGAGUAUGCAUGUUGGUCAUGGACAAACUGUCCACAAAUGGCCCUAGAUGUGUUGAGGAGGCUGUGGAACCAGCAAUGACUGCUCAGGCACUGGUAUAACAUUGAACAAACUUUAGAUCUUGCCAAUAUUGUCUUUAUCCAACUCAUCUGACCAGUAAAUCUAAGUUGGUCCCAGCUUUGUCUUUUUACUCUUGUUUUUAUUUUCCUCUCAGCAACUGUAGAUAUUUGAUAUCAGUUUGGUUACACACACACACACACACACACACACACACACACACACACACACACAUCAGUGUUACAAUGUCAUUAGAAGUAAGGAUUGAUUCCAUACUACUUGAGUUCAAAUUCUGACUUCACCAUGAUGCGGCUGUGCGACCCUUGGCAGGUCACAUACAGACUCUGUGCCCCUGUUCCCUUUUUGGUAAAACUGGAAUGACAAUUGUGCCCAUGUCUGAAGGUUUCACCAACGACAGAUAAGCUGUUAUCAGUGAAGCCAUUACAACAACAUUUACUUGGAAAUAAUGCCACACCAGCAGUAGCCGUGCCUCCGUGAGUUUUCCAAAGCUACACCACUCACCUCAGCAGUUCCAGUGUCCAGAAUGGGUGGGAGUCACUUAUGAGCUCAAUUGAUGGCUGACAAACAUAUUUAUGAAUGAGUUCACGAGUGAAUUAAUCUGACUCCAGAUGUGAGACUCUACUUAUCUCCAGAGAUUAACCUGGGACUGAGCUGGAUUCCAGAAAAGCAGUGGGUUCUUUUUGGAAGACGGCUAUGAGCAUAGUCUACUUUCUCAGGUAACAGCCCUAGCCCUGUCAGCAGUGGCCUCAUGCUGCCCUCUGCUGGUUGUCUUGAAGGCAGGGCCAGCAUGCCCUGAGAGUCUCAGAAGCAGAAAGGUUCAGAAGAGCUUUAGGCUCCUUCUAAAUUCUAGCCUAAGCCUUCUAACCUAAGUUCUAGUCCCUUGUCUAGAACUUGUGUUAGUCCUGUUGCUUUAUCUCCUCUGCCCUUAUUGCUGCAUCCACUUGGAUCUUCUGUACAACUUCCAGGCCUCAUGAUGAUGCCUGCUCUUGCUGACUAUAAAUCCCCUGCAUGACAAGGCUCUGCAGCAAUAUAUAGCCUAUUCCUUACAUCAGUGUCUAUUCUAUCUCAAAUAUAGACUGUAAACUCUUUAUAGAGGGACUUCUAUCACUUUAACCCUCUUCCCUACCCACAUAGUUAUGUCUAGAGUGACUUCAUGUUCCCUCAAGACAGGAUAUCAUUGCUGCUGUAUGGUCUUCUGGGUCAGGUGGACUUCCAUUUUCCUUUGCUCCGCAUCAGCAGGGGAAAAUUGGGGAUUUUCUCUGAAGUAGGUUCUUUUUUAAGAACACAACAAAUCAUUCACUUGCAAUGUUUGCAGUGACCUCAAAUAAUCUUAAAAGUGAAGGGAUGCUUCACUUAGAGUGUAAUUAAGGAUGCUCCAUGCAGCCUGUUGGAGACCCAUGAGACAGAGGGUCAGUGUACAGUGGGAUGCUGGAGGCAUCUUCCAUACCUCAUAAGAGGAGGGCAAUGUUGUGCCACCAGCUGUAACUAAACUCUUCAGCACUGUCUUGCCUUUGGUUCUUCCAAUGGGAGGAAACACCAGGAUUCUUUCCAAGGUCCUAGAAAGUAUCUUUACUUGUCUCACUAAUGAAUUUCAAAGGCAUUCCCCUUGAUCAGUGUGUCCCAACCUACUGAGUCGUGUCCUUUUAAGCCAAGGGUGGUGGACGUUAGCACAUCUAUCCUAUUUCUUACCCUUGCCAAUGGCAGAUAUUCGAGGGAAGCUGGGCUAAGUCAUGAUGUUCAAUAGGUUAAGUGUAUUAAAUAAAUGCGUUUUCAAUUUGUAA